AUGAACACUAUGCUAUGUUUCCUCUUUGCUCUAGUCGUUCUACCAAGUUUCUCAUACGCUCAAUUUGGUCUUGGCUACAGCGGCAAUGCUAACCUUGGUGGCUAUGGUGGACGAGGUUACGGUAAUGCAUAUGGAAAUAGUGGAUACGGUGGCAACUACGGAGGUUAUGGUCGCGGAGGUUACGGUGGAUACGGCCAAAGUGGAUAUGGCGGUUACGGACAAAGCGGUUAUGGUGGUUAUGGUGGUCAAGGUUAUGGCGGUGGACGAGGCUACGGUGGAGUUGGUGCAAACAGUAAUCUAGGCGUUGGUACACCGUUUGGUGGUCUAAGUAGUGGACUUGGUUUGGGUCUUGGCCGUUAA